AGUAGCUGCUGGGCUGGUGAGUGGUGAGGUGCUACGCGUCCGUGCUCUUGUCUCGGCUCUCCUACAACUCCGUCAGAGAUGCGGAGUGCGAUGGCGGUGGCGGCGACGCUGGUGCUGUGCUUCGCUGUGGGUCUUCAUGCCGCGACAGCCCAGACCGUACGCGCUAGUGGACGGCGUGGCUGACGACGCGGCCGAGGUGGUGUGGCUGGAGCCGCGGGCCCUGCUGAAGGUGGUGGAGGGCGAGAGCCACGUGGUGCACUGGUUCACGGUGCUGCCUGAAGUGUCCUCCGUCACGGCACAUGUGGAGGACGAGCGCGUGGCGAGGGUGGACGCUGUUGGGCCCGUGGUUCGAGGCUCCCUUGACGACAACUUCACCUUCAGCGGCGAGAUCAACGUGGCGGUGCUGUUCAUCGGCUACAACGAGCUCCAUGUGGUGCUUCAGGACGCCCGGGGCGACGUGGCGGGGGAGGCGGUGCUGCAUAUGUCCGUCCUGCUGUCGUAUCAAAACCUCACCAACAUCUUCACGACCGUCGUCAGCGUCUUGGUGGCCGUCCUGUAUGUCAUCAUGGGCGCCACGCUGAACCUCGAGGUGAUCAAGAUAAUCGCAAAGAAGCCACUCGGGCCUCUGGUGGGCGUGGUGUGCCAAUACCUCUUUAUGCCCCUGAUCGCCUUCGGGUUGGCCAAGGCUGCCUUUCCAGGGAACCCUCUGGCCCAGUUGGGGUUAUUCCUGGGUGGCUGCUGCCCCGGCGGCGGCGCCUCCAACAUGUGGACACACCUGCUGGGCGGUUGCCUCGAUCUCUCUAUCAUGAUGACUUUCAUAUCCUCCGUCAUAGCCUUCGCCACCGUGCCGCUGUGGGUGCUGAUGCUGGGCCGGGUCGUCAUGGAGGACACCGACUUCGUCAUCCCCUACGUAGACAUCGCCGUGCUGGUCCUGGGCCUCUCCUUCCCCUGCGUCAUCGGCAUACUCCUUGCAAAGUUCCUGCCCAGGGUGGGACAGGUCUUGGCCAAGAUGCUCACGCCCGUCACGCUCUUCAUGGUAGUGUUCCUCUUUUCCUUCGGAGUGUACUCUAACCUGUACGUGUUCCAGCUCUUCGACGCGACGGUGAUGUUUGCUGGCUUCGGGCUCCCCACACUCGGCUACCUCAGCGGCCUGGGCUUGGCGGCGCUGCUGAGGCUGCCACUGAAGGACCGCAUCGCCAUCAGCAUCGAGACGGGCAUCCAGAACAUGACCAUCGCGGUCAUUAUACUUAAGAUGACCUUGGAGAGCCCGGCGGGGGACCUUGCUGUGGUGUUUCCCGCCGCCGCCGUGAUCAUGACGCCUGUCCCACUCAUCGUCGUCCUCAUCAUCCGUCGCGUGUACCUGUGGCGGAAAGGACCCCCGGAGGAGGAGCAGGAGACCACGAAGAAGGAGGAGGCGAAUGGCAAUGUGGAGGCUGGCGGGGCAAAGGCAGUGGCCAAUGGAGUGAAGACGGAAGCAGACGGAGGGAAGGCGGUGGUAGACGGAGGGAAGGCGGAGAGGCACUGCUCGGUUGCUUCAGCGAAGGCAGGAAUAGAAAACCCAGGGCUGGAGUUGGAGGAAAACCUCUGAAACCUCACUUCCCCCCCUCCCCCUCCACCUCCAUACACUCUCUCUCUCUC